AAACAGAGAUGGAUUAGUUCGUGAAGUCAAGAAGCCAAACCUGCUGAGAGCUGCCGCAAGACAUUGAAACCAAGUCCGGGGCGCCUGGCGCAAACCAUAGAUGGACUUGCGCAGGCGACAAACAUAAUCAGGUUUGUCGAGGUCGACAAAACCAGGGGGUUGCGCAUAUACACAGUUUCCUGUAGCUGACCAUGAAGAAAAACAUUAGAUAUGUCAAUUUGGUGGAGAGGCCACCCCUGUGUAACCGCAAUACUGAGAUUGAGUCUGAGAGUGGUCAGCUUAAGAACCAGACUGUAUGUCUGAUGGAAGUCCAAUCCUGGGAUUUGCUCGAACCCACGAGCAACCAGCCGAGCACGAUGACGGUCGAGAGAGACAUCGAUGUUGGAGAAGAACGCGGUCGGAGCUGGAGACUCCACACUAGAAAAGUAUCGUUGAAUCUGGAGUUCUUCACUUAGCAGGAAGGAAUGAAGGUCUUCGAAACUAUUGGGCUCCAGACGCUCCUCGAUGUGCCUCACGAAAGGCCUGUAGUCUUCACCCAAUCCAUCAAGGAUCUAGCCGGUGAGGUCGUCGUUGGGAAUCGGAGAACCCAGAGCCGCCAAUUGAUCAACGGUGGCCUUGGCAUCCUAAAGAUAGUCAUGAAUAGUAGCGGUGCCACGACGAAGAUGUUGCAGGGAUUUGGUGAGGUGUCGAAUUUGGAUUUUGGAUCUAGAGGCGUAGAUGCGAGCCAGCGCCGUCCACGCAUCAAAGGCUAUUGCCCUGUUGAUAACAUUUGGCAACACUGCUUUAGAGAGGGAGAGAUUAAUCCAAGUAAGAGCAUAUUGAUCACGAUCAUACCAUUGCCAGUAGGUAGGAUUGUGUUUGCCAUCGACGAGCUCUGGGGGAGCAGGGAGAGAGCCGUCAACGUCUCCCAUCAUGCGAUGGCACCGAAAGAGAGGAGUAAUCUGAGCAUGCCACAGAAGAUAGUUGGUCGGGGUGAGCUUGACGGACAUCAGAGGAUUGGCGGAAGAGACAGGGAAGACACCGACAGGGAAUUGGAAUCAGUAGAGGCAGAGGUAGAUGAAACAAAGGAUGAAUCGGUAGCCAUUAUGCAGAAGAAGGAAAGAAUACGAGACAAAAGAAAAAAGGUAGAAGAGGAUAAUAGAAUUGACUCGUUAGAGUACUUUGACGCUCUGAUACCAUAAACGAACUCACAGCUUAAGUUUUCUAUUAUUGAUGUUUAGUUUUUAUAAUACAAAGGAAUCUGUUUGUGCAACGGAAAUCAAGUAACAGAAAGAGCAAAGAGAGGAGUUCAUCAACGGUCCACUACUGACCACUAUCAAUUGUCUUAACAAUAUUGGAGAGACUUGUGGAACAAUCUGCUCAUUAUCACAAAUGUGGUGGUGCGAUCUGGUUACAAUGAUGAUUUACGACGGUGGUUCUAGCUAAAAAAGGGUUUUGUCAUACACCAAGAUUCGCCCGCCAGUAUUGAAUUUGUUGGUGUUGAACGACGAUGAACAAUCGAUUGGCGUGACUUCGACCAAUCUAUUGCAGAUGAUGUAUAGACGAGGUAAGCAUGGCAAGGAGUUAGGUUUCAACCACAGUAGCAACGAUGAGAUACCUGUCCCGUCUGAAAUGGGAACCCAACCCCAUUGUAGAGUAAACUUCAUCUCAUGUC